UGAGCUGUAGUACUUCCAGCUUGCGGCGCAGACAGAGGAAGAAGAAGAAGAGAGGAGGUUCCUCUCUCGGAUCAUCAACACAAGGAGAUGCUUGACAGCUUCCUCAUCUGUCACACGUACACCUAACUGCACCGCUCGGACUGUGUUGAGAAGAAGUGUUUGUGCCCUUUAGGUUUUCGAUAACUAAAGUCUUCUUCGGUGAGGGUAGCUAUAGCAACGGACCAAAAAGCCAAAUGAACGGAGCAGCGUUCCCUUCCCCCACGGCAGAGAUGGCCGAGAUGAACCGCAUCCAGUAUGAGCUGGAGUACACCGAAGGGAUCAGCCAGAGGAUGCGCAUCCCUGAGAUGCUUAAAGUGGCUCCUCAUAACCGUGAAGACCCUAAUAUGGGAUCUCAGGAGGUCCCCCACAGCGUCAUAAUGCAAGUCCCAGAGAGAAUUGUGAUUUCAGGAGACAGUAGUGACCCCCAGUUCCCCAGACCCAGAGACCUGGAUCUAAUCCAGUCAACACCACUAGAAACCCUAUCACUGAAGACUCCACCCAGAGUCCUGACCCUCAGUGAACGACCCCUGGACUUCCUUGAAGAGGAGCAGCGGGCAGCUCCAGAAAGCGAGGAGGUGUUUCGGCCCCAAGGACGAGCACGGCGGGAACGCUCAGCCAGUGAGACCACUGCUCGUCAAAGCAGCCAGCUAAUGCGCAACGAUUCCGCUGCAACCCCGUCCCCCCCAGCCACUGUCCAUCCUUGCCCCCCUCUCACCGUGACUGAGGAAGAUCACAACCUGUACAGCGCUAGUGGUGUUCUAUCUUUCCUCCAGUCCACUACACGUCGGGCUUACCAGCAAGUCCUGGAGGUCUUGGAUGAAAACCCUCGCAGCAAACCAUCACUGCGAGGGGGGUCAGCUUCAAGCUCCAACCCCCUGCAUGAAUCCAGACUUGCACUGUCAGCAUAUGAAGGCACACUGGACGGGGGGCCUGAUGACAUGACUGUGGUCGAUGCAACAACACUUCGACGUCAGCUCAUCAAGUUGAACCGGAGACUCCAACAUUUGGAGGAGGAGAACAAGGAGCGAGCAAAGCGAGAGAUGAUCCUCUACUCAGUCACUGUGGCUUUCUGGCUCGUCAACACCUGGGUGUGGUUGCGACGUUAGAGCCAACCUGUAUUUCUGCCGUCACCGUGACAGAAGAACGUACUACCCCUUAUUCUACGUUUCAAAUGUUAUCUACUCGCUGCACUCAGUCCCUGUGUGAGGGAGUCCUUUACACAUGUGUGUACAAGGCCUGUUGCCCACAAGGACGAUAUUUUGAUUUUGUUUAUUUAACACAUGUAAAGUUUUAUUUUUGUACUCUUAUUUCAUCUUGUAUCACGUUUUCUCAUGUUUUGUUUUUAUUACAAAUCUUCUUGCUCGAUGCUAAGCAUGACUCGUUGUAAAUAUUUGCUCAUGUCACUCAAGAGCUUUGGGAAGAACUUCGACAUACAGUAUAGAAUAGUUUACCAAUAUAGGUAAAUGGGGCUGCAGUGUGGAAAUGUAACAUGUUGAAUAUUUAUUGAUGAGAGAGAAAUAUGUGACUUGAACUCGAAAAUGUAAUACAAUUUAGUAAAACAUUACAUAUCAA